AUGAGUCCAUUUGAAGCUCAGCCUAAGGAGCUCAUCGCAUUGAUCGGCAGUGGCUGUCGCUUCCCUGGCGGUGCAGAUAAUCCCUCCCGACUAUGGGAACUUCUGAAAUCUCCCAGAGAUUUGGUGAAGAAAGUGCCCAAGGAGAGGUUCAAUAUCGACGGCUAUUACCACCCUGACGGAGCCCAUCAUGGCCGGACAAACGCGCAGUACGCGUACUUUCUGGAAGAAGAUCCCUAUGCAUUUGAUCCAGGAUUCUUCAAUAUUUCUCCAAAUGAAGUCGACACAAUCGACCCACAACAGCGCCUCCUUCUGGAGACUGUCUAUGACAGCCUCACAUCGGCGGGUCUGAGAAUGGAGGACCUUCGAGGCUCCCCUACCGCCGUAUAUGUAGGACUGAUGCAACGAGAUUUCCUCGACAACUCGAACUAUGACAUGGACGCACUGAGCACCUAUGCCGCCACGGGUGCCGCGGCUUCUAUCCUUUCCAACAGAAUCUCCUAUGCGUUUGGCUGGCAUGGACCCAGUAUGACCAUCGAUACCGCUUGCAGCUCAUCUCUCGUGGCCGUUCACCUUGCUGUCCAGCAGCUUCGAACAGGGGCAAGUCAGGUUGCUAUCGCAGCAGGCUCCAAUCUAAUUCUCGGCCCAACCCCCUUUGUCACCGCAAGUAAGCUCAACAUGUUCUCGCCCACAGGCCGCUCUCGGAUGUGGGAUGCCGCUGCGGAUGGCUAUGCUAGGGGCGAAGGCAUCGCCGCUGUCGUUCUCAAAACCCUGUCGAAGGCAAUUGCAGAUGGUGACACCAUCGAAUGUAUAAUACGCGAAAGCGGCAUCAAUCAGGACGGCAGGACUCCUGGCAUAACAAUGCCAAGCCCCGCAGCACAAGAGGCACUCAUCCGACAAGUCUACCAAUCAGCCGGUCUCGAUAUCACGAAAUCUGAGGAUCGCUGUCAAUACUUCGAAGCCCACGGAACAGGGACUCAAGCGGGAGAUCCACAAGAAGCUUGUGCCAUCUCGUCUGCUUUCUUCGGCGACAGACCACGUGCUGCCAACGAGGACCCAUUGUACGUGGGCAGUAUAAAGACCAUUAUCGGCCACACCGAAGGCACCGCUGGAGUUGCUGGCCUGAUAAAAGCGUCGCAGGUCAUACAGCAUGGACUUCUUCCACCAAACAUGCUAUUUAAUCAGCUGAACCCAAGAGUGGCUCCAUUCUAUUCAGAUCUGCGUGUUGUUACAGAACAACGAGCGUGGCCUGUGCUCAAGUUCAACCAACCACGGCGCGUGAGUGUCAAUUCUUUCGGAUUUGGUGGAACGAAUGCUCAUAUCAUUGUGGAAUCAUACGUCCCUAUCUCGAAGGAAGCGCUGGAACAGCCACCAACGCCUUGCUUAGCCCCCGUUGUUCUCUCUGCCAAUUCUACUGCCUCACUCAAAGCCAUCAUGGAAGCCCUCAAGCAAAGUCUCGACAGCCAUCCAGAGCUCCAAUUGCGAGAUCUCGCAUGGACGCUGCUGAAGAAACGAUCGACUCUACAAGUCCGCCACACCAUAUCCGCAAAAUCCCUGCCAGCACUUUGCGAAGCUCUCAGCCGAGACGCAUCUUCAUUAUCAGGAAAGCAGGCGUUCACAGUGAUGUCGGACGCCAAGCGAAAACCUGAAGUCUUGGGUAUUUUUACUGGACAAGGGGCUCAAUGGCCGGCCAUGGGAAAGGUUCUGAUUUCUGAAGUCUCAUAUGCGCGAAGUAUUAUUUCAGAGCUUGACUAUAGCCUUCAGAGCCUGCCAGAUAAGUACCGACCAGGAUGGAGCCUCAUGAGUCAGCUUCUCCUAGAGGGCGAAGCCUCCAAUGUGCACGAUGCGGCCUUUUCUCAGCCACUCUGUUGUGCAAUCCAGAUCAUGCUGAUAAAGCUGCUUGAAGCAGCAGGGGUGACAUUCAAAGUUGUCGUCGGCCACAGCUCUGGGGAGAUAGCAUGCGCCUUUGCUGCCGGCUUCAUAUCGGCGUCGCAAGCUAUCCGCAUUGCAUACCUUCGUGGCCUUACCGCAGAAUACGCGCGUGGGCCGGAUGGUGUAGAGGGCGCCAUGAUGGCUGCAGGCACCUCUUUCGACGAUGCGUGUGAGCUGUGCGAUCUUGAGGCUUUUAAGGGCAGAAUUACAGUCGCUGCGAGUAAUGGCCCAGACAGUGUCACCUUGUCUGGAGACAAAGAUGCCAUUCUCGAGGCAUACGACGUUCUGAUUGAUGAGUCGCGAUUUGCUCGAGUCCUCAAAGUUGACAAGGCUUACCACUCGCACCAUAUGCGACCUUGCGCAGAGCCUUACGUUGCUGCCUUGAAAGCCUGUGGUUGUGAUACUUUCACUCCGCUCAGUGUGCCCCAAAGUACCUGGCUCUCUUCUGUCUACGAAGGGAAGAUCAUGCGGCGUGGGGAUUAUAGUGCCGAGUAUUGGAAAGAGAACUUGCUCUCUCCGGUGCUAUUCUCUUCGGCGGUCGAGUUAGCAGUCCUGAAACACACGCCCCUUGAUAUUUGCGUCGAGAUUGGUGCUCACCCUGCGCUGAAGAAUCCAACGCUACAGACUAUCGAGAACUGUUCUGGUUCUAGCCUUCCAUACGUUGGCUGCAUGGAACGGAAGAAAGACGACACUGAAGCCUUCUCUUCAUGUCUGGGACUCUUAUGGUCGCACUUCGGGGCAGCGGCUGUUGAUAUUGACAACUUGUAUAGGAGUUUGUCAAUUGAUGCGCACAGCGUCCGCGAUGUGUCCAAGCAACUUCCGAGUUAUUCUUGGGAUCACUCACGCUCGUACAGAAAGGAGUCCCGCGCCCUUCGUGCGCUGCUUGACGCAGAAAGGCCUCACCUGUUACUCGGAAGGAGAUCUACUCACAGUACCCCUUCGUCGAUGCACUGGCAGAACUUCAUUCGACCACGUGAUAUUGAUUGGCUUGAUGGCCACUCACUUCAAGGACAGACUGUGUUCCCCGGAGCAGGCUACGUUGUCAUGGCCAUGGAAGCCGCCGUCAAGUUGAGCGGUGAUCGGAGCAUUCGGCUUUUGGAAGUUCUGGACAUCACAAUUGACAAGGCUGUUACCUUCGAGGAUGAGAACAGCAUGGUCGAACUGAACCUCAGUCUUGACGUGGACGCAUCGCAGACUACAGACACAUACGCGGUAUACAGUUUCACCAUCAACUCAUGCCUCGCCAGAGAAACCGGGCCCACUCGUUCAGUCGCUGGCACAGUCGCCGUCACGUACGGAUCGGCUACGCGCGAUGCUCUUCCAAUUUCACAAGACGAGCCUGCACACCUCAAUGACGUUGGCAUUGACCGGUUCUACAACAUGCUAGACCAGGCUGGGUACAACUAUACGAAGCAAUUUCGCGGAAUCACCAAUCUCAGGCGCGGCGACAGCAAGGCGAACGGCUCCAUCAACUUCCAUCGCUUAGAAGACGGCCAACGUAACAUGGUCAUCCAUCCUAGCACUCUCGAUGUUGCCUUCCAGAGCAUGAUAGGGGCGUAUGCUGCUCCGGGUGACGGUCGUGUACGAUCCUUGCUUGUUCCGACUGGAAUCGGUCGCAUCGCUUUGAGCCCGUGGGUUGCCGACCAUAUCAACAACUCGGCUAGUCAUGUGAACUUUAUCUCCACAAUUGCAGCAAGCGCUGGCACCAGCCUCCAAGGUGAUAUUGAGGUUUUCGACCCCGAGACCAGGGCAACGAUGCUCCACAUUGAGGGUAUUGGUUUCAAACCUACCUUCCCACCUUCCCCUGAAGACGAUCACGACAUGUAUACCAAAUGGAGCCUUGGUCCUCUGAAUCCCGAUGCGUUGCUCGACGAGAUCGAGCGACACGCUACAGAGCAGGAUAAGAAGGACGUUUCAAUCAUCGAACGGAUCACGUAUUGGUACAUCAGGUCUGUUCUGGAUAACGUCACCGCCGCAGAUCGCGAGAAAGCAUCCUUCCACUUCGCAAAGUAUAUCCAGUGGUGUGAGUAUGUGCUCAGUGAAACCAAAGCUGGGCGUAAUGCAUGGUAUACAGCAGACUGGGAUAGGGAUACGCGUGAAGAUAUCGAGAUAAUGAUCCAGGAAAACAUAUCCCAACCGUUCGUGCGUCUCAUUCAGAGAGUUGGUGAAGGUGCUCUGGAGACAUUCCGCAACGAUGAGAAUGCCUUCGACCUCCUUGACCAUGACGGCCUGCUCACGGAGUUCUACAGUGGAGAAGUGAGUUACGGCCAAUCUUAUUACUACUACCAGCGCAUUCUCGAGCAAAUCACUCAUCGAUAUCCCAACUUGGACGUUCUUGAAGUUGGAGCGGGCACAGGAGGAGCGACACGAUUAUUCUUGAACCAUGAUCAGCUGUCCUUUAACAGCUACACGUUCACCGAUAUUUCUCGUACCUUCUUCGAGCCAGCCGCAAAAGAGUUUGAAAGACACGCAGAAAAGCUGGAGUUCCAACCACUUGAUAUCCGCCGUUCUCCUACCGAACAGGGAUUUAAGCCCAACUCAUACGACUUGGUCGCCGCAUCCAACGUGCUCCAUGCCACGCCGAACCUCGAAGAAACUCUUUCAAAUGUGCGAUCACUGCUAAAACCUGGCGGUCGACUGAUUGUCAUUGAAAUUGCACACGAAAAGCAUACUCGUGUCGGAUUCAUCUUUGGAUUGUUCCCCGAUUGGUGGUCCGGGCACGACGAGGGCCGUGUUCUGGCACCCUUUGUUCCCUAUUCUGAAUGGGACAAGCUGCUGAAGAGAACCGGGUUCUCUGGCAUUGACACUCGUUCUCUCGAUCCAGACAGUACAACCUUCCCCAGCGGCGUUUUCCUCUCGCACGCCGUGGACGAUCUCAUACAGAAGCUGGAUUCACCCCUCACUGCCCCUAUCGAGGACUCUUAUGGCCCAUUAGUUGUCGUCGGAGGCUCCUCUCCAGAGACUGCCGAACUCAUCGGUCAAAUCUCCAGCAUUUUACCGACACGGAAAUUCGACACCGUCCCAAGCCUUCGAGACAUCAUCAACGCCGACCUACUACCCGGUACAACAUUUAUUGUUUUGUCGGAGUUCGAUGAACAUACUUUUGCUGGACUGGACGACGAAAAGUUUGAUGCUCUACAGACCAUUUUCAAUGCCGCACACAAUGUCUUGUGGGUGACUGAAGAUGGCUGGGCUGCAAAUGCUCAGCAAGCCAUGACAAUCGGCCUACUUCGUACAUUACGUCACGAAUAUCCUGACAUUCAGAUCCAGCUGCUGGAUGUUGACAACAUCCAGAACCUCGAGCCUCGUUUCCUGGUCGAAACUGUUCUCCGCCUGGAACAUGGCACCAAAUGGGAAGACAGCGGUUUUCUUUGGACACAGGAGCCCGAGCUGUACUUGGUCGGCGGCAAGGUCCUGAUACCGCGUCUAAGACGUGAUGUAGACAGGAACAACCGUCUAAACUCUGGCCGCCGUCUCAUACUGGCCGAUAUGGAUCCUCGAAAAGAUCUUUUGAGCUUAGAGUACGACGAAGGGAAGCCUUACUUCAGCGCAAAUGUGGAGCGGCUUGUUCCAUCUAGCCCUGAGGAGACUUGUGCGAAGAUCCAGGUGCGGUAUUCGCUCGCAAAGGCUCUGCGUGUCGGCCAGUCGGGAUUCUACCAUCUGAUUCUGGGGAGCGUUGCCGGUUGUGAGGACGCCAUGGUGGUGGCCUUGUCAAGCGAAAAUGCUUCCUCUGUCGAAGUCCCUUCCCGCCAAGUUAUCAAUGUUGGGGACGGAGACGACUCGAUUAAGUCGACGCUUCUUAGCAUCUCUGCAAAUAUUGUCGCCGUCACUCUGAUGUCCGAUCUCGUACGAGGUUCAGCCGUGCUUGUCUUCGAGCCUCCCAGCUACUACGUCGAAUGUCUACGAGACCACGCUGCUACUGCUGGUAUCGCACUCAAGUUUGCCUCCACCAAAUCUGCACCCAAAGUGAACGAUAUCGAUUGGAUCCAUCUACACGAAAGGGAGACCGAGCGAAGUCUGCGUCAGAAACUUCCACCGGGCAUUUUACUGUUAUACGACUUGGUUGCCGAUCAGAACCCAGCAAGCCUGAGCCGUCGGCUAAUGAGGUGUCUUCCACCUAGCUGCUCAAUCCGGGGCGCAGAUCACCUGUUUCAGAACAUCGCAACAUCGGUGUCGACGCUGGGCGCUCAAGCUGCAGCACAGGUCCUUGCUGAGGCUAUUAGAUCGGCGCAGAAAUACAGAGGUAUCGACAGUGUACCCAUUCUAACCGCUCAUGAUAUUCAGUCUUCGACGGGCACUCCUGAUAUCAACGCAAUCGUCGACUGGACAACAGACAAAUUCAUUACCAGUCGUAUCCGCCCUAUCGAAUCGAACGACUUAUUUAUAGGAGACAAGACUUAUCUACUGAUCGGCCUUGCUGGUGACAUGGGCCGUUCGAUUGCUCGAUUUAUGGUUGAGCAUGGGGCACGGCAUCUCGUGCUGUCCAGCCGUGUUCCGAAAAUUGACCAACGUUGGAUCGACGACAUUGCUCGUUGUGGAGGAAGAGUAAUGGUGCUCCCCAUGGAUGUCUCCAACGAAGCCGCAGUCGAGAAAGGUCUGGCAGAAGUGCGUGCGUCGAUGCCUCCCAUCGGUGGGGUGGCGUUUGGGCCGCUCUUGCUGCAGGACGUCAUGUUCAAGAACAUGGAGCUUCCGAUGAUGGAGAUGGUCCUGGCGCCCAAGGUGACGGGGGUUCGCUUGUUGAAUGAGCGUCUGUCUGAUCCUGCAAACCCGCUAGACUUCUUCGUCAUGUUCUCGUCUAUCGUGAUGGUUGUAGGAAACCCUGGACAAGCGGCGUACAGCGCCGCGAAUGCAUACCUCCACGCUACAGCCUUGCAAAGACGCGCUCGAGGCAUGGCCGCAUCGACUAUCGAUAUCGGUGCUGUUAUUGGGGUCGGCUUCAUUUCCCGCGCCGGGCGCGAGAACGAGUCCCAAACCCGUAAGUUCCUUGCCGACGAGGUCAAGGAAUGGGAGCUCCAUGCAUUAUUUGCGGAAGCUGUUGUGGCUGGCCGAAACUGGGAGAUCGACGAUGUGGAGCUCAUCACCGGCAUGGUACACAUGGAUGAGAAGGAGCAGGAUCGAAUUCCCUGGUACAACGACCCACGGUUUGCCGCAUUCAAGCUUUCCGACCGCCGCAGCACCGGCAACGAAGCGACCGGAGCUGUCGCAUCCCUCAAAGAACAACUAUCAAAGGCCGAAACCCUGGAGCAGGUGCGCGACAUCGUCCUCGAAGGCGUGGCGAGCAGAAUACGCGGGGCACUGCUGCUCGCUUCAGCGGACGAGCUGAAUCUGACGGCUCCUUUAAUCGACCAGGGAGUGGAUUCUCUGAGCGCAGUGACGGUGGCCUCGUGGUUCGCCAAAAAUCUCAAUCUCGACGUGCCUUUGCUGAAGAUCCUAGGAGGCGCCUCGGCCGCUGACUUGGUCGACGAUGCUGUCUCUCGUUUGAAUCCAGACUUGAUUCCACUCGUUGACACUGGAUCUCUAGAGCAGGCGGAACAAACAAUCCUAGAAGUAGUGCCAACAACGCCAUCGUCGACCAGUGGCACGGCCAAUGAAAGUUCCACCUUCUCGGUCGAACACAGCAGUGGCAUUGCAACUCCGCCAUCCCACCUUUCUGAUGUGGACGAUGACGGGUUCCAGCGCGUGGCACCGCUUUCCAUUAUGCAAGAAUACUCGUGGAAGCAGAUGCAACUUCCUCUGGAUCCAGCCACGUUCAACAGCACCAUUGGCAUGUACAUGCAAGGGCCUCUCGACCUGAAUCGCCUCGCCUGGGCAUUUGAUCAGGCCCUGAAGCGCAGCGACGCAUUUCGCACGUGUUUUAUCUCUAAUCCAGAGUCCUCCGUCGAGGAUCCUGUACAAGCGAUCAUGAGAUCACCGCGAAACUCAUUUCAAGCCAUCAAAGUGGCAGACAGGAAUGCUGCCGACGAAGCAUUCAUCAACCUCCAAGGGGCAACUUAUGAUGUAGAGAAAGGCGACACGCUGAAAAUCGUCGACUACUUCUGGACGCCCACCGAUCACCUUCUGAUCAUCGCCUACCACCGCCUCGUUGGGGAUGGGUGGACCACCGAACACCUAUUCGUUGACGUGAGCCAACUUUACAGUGGCCUCCCGCUAAAACCAGCACCUAGCUACGUUGAUUACUCGAUCCUGCAGCGUAAUCAGCUCGCCUCAGGCGCAUACGACGCGGACCUGAUUUAUUGGUCCGACCUCUUUCAAGGCCUGCCACCACGCCUGCCCGUCUUCUCGCUCGCCGCUAUCAACUCGUCUGGCUCGGAAACACUCGACUGGACCUCGCAUGAAGUCUCCACGAGGCUCAACCGCAUGGUAGCAGUCCGCAUCAAGGACCGCAGCCGCAAACAGCAAGCCACUCCCAUGCACUUCUAUCUAGCCUCGUUCCACAUCCUCCUUGCCCGGCUGACCGGCUGCGACGAUAUCACCAUCGGCGUUGCCGACUCUGGCCGUGCCUCCCUCACUGACCAAGCCACCAUGGGCUUCUUCGCAUCCUAUCUUCCGCUGCGCUUGACCUACGACUCUGGCCAUGUAUUCAAUGAAGCUCUUACUGCCACGAAGGAGCAAAUGCGAGCCGCACUCCUCCACAGUGCCGUCCCCUUACCCGCCAUCCUCGAACGCCUCUGCCUGCCCUCCAGCCCCACUGCCGAUGACCCCUCCUCUCAAGCACCGCUCUUUCAAGCCAUCUUCGACUACAAGCAGGGGCAGACGGAGAGUGGAAGUAUUGGCGAGGCGAAGAUAGUUGAGACUGACAUCCCCCGUGCCGGAACGCCUUACGAUAUCACACUGCAGAUGGGAGAUGACCCAAGUAAAGGAGAGCCGGUGAUUACGGUAAAGCUGCGGAAGGAGCGUUACGGACCCGGAGCCGCUGAGGUGGUGAUGCAGGGAUUUCUGUCGAUUUUGAACACAUUUGCGAGGAACCCGGUCCUGAGGGUCACAGACGCGACGUUGGAUCAGGCGGUGAAGACCAGGAGUUGA